AUGCUGGCCCUUCGCUCACACCUGCUGUCAACUGACGCGUUUCAUCGGCUCAUAUCCCGUCAUCAAUAUAGAUACUUGAAUUUCCGCGACUUACUCCCUGCCGAUUCUCUUCUGCGCGUCUUCUCCACCCAGUAUUGCUUUGAGAAUCGACAUGCACUUCUUUCUCUCCUGUCUGUACUUUGCCUUCUGCUUUUUGUCACGAUAUCCUUCGUAUCAAAGCGAACGUACAAGUCCAAGGGAAAUAUUCACCUUAAAGCUCUCUCGACCGUCGUCAUUCCAACACGUAACCGUUCACAGUCAAUCAAAUACACAGUCAACUGGAAGGACCGACGAAUGGAAGUCUCUCUGGGCGCUCUGGUAGAGAAGGUCAAGACUGGAGCUAUUGAAAUGCGUAAUCCUAGAGCAGAUCUUUCGGACAUGUUUCGUGAACGCUCGAAGGUGUACGGAUGGACGAUCGGACUGCACGUUGAACCGACGUGGUCGACCAAAACAAUGGCGUGGCUCUUGAAGGAUCAUUUUCUCUAUUCCAUGGCGUCGAAAGCUCCUCCUCUGCUCUUGUUAUCAAAAGGACCCUCAAUGCUUCACCUCGACGUGGUUCCUCACUCUGAAAUGGAGUCAUCUAUUGCUUCGUACAUCAAGUCUCUCGCUGUCGGAAGUACGACAACGAUCGAAUUCACAACCAUUUCGCCCCACACAGCCUGGAUGAGCAAGAACUUCAUUCUAUGUUCUCUUCCCUUGCGUACUUCUACGCCACUUCUCGUCUCUCUCACCGGUGUCCUCUCUGUUUUAACUCAGGCAGAGAGAUUAGUAGAGGAUAGAGCAGAGAGGAUCGCAUUCAUAGACCGGUAUGGGUUGGAUAUGUGGAGAGAGCGACGAUUCCUCAUGUACUGGGAGGCUGCGUUGUUGGAUGCAGGACAUGUUACCCGGUGGAUAGUUGAGCUACAGCAAUAA